ACUUGGUGAACUUGAAACAACUUAAUACAAUGUUCACAUGAGAUUAUUGAUUUGAUUAAGACUUUUAAUGAUAAUAUGAUUACAAUUUGGAACCUGACAAGUGACAGUUCAGCUUUUUGGGCACCGACUGAUGUUAAGCGAUGACUGAUCUGGUGAAGCCUGGCAGAAAAAGGGCAGCGAUCAAAGGGUAUUAUUCGGGUUAACGGAAUUAAUUGCGUCAGUCCGUUGUUUGUCGAUGCGAGAGCCAGACGGCAGAGUACUAUCUAAAAACGAAUUAGCAGCAAGUCUGCUGAGAGCAGAACUGUAGACGACUCUGCCAUGUUCGCACGGUUAAAGAGGAUAGUGGGGGCUCCUGAGCCUCCACCAACCCAGGUUGAUCCUGUACCCCCUCCAGCUGCUGCACCGGCUAAGCCUCCUGAAAAGAAGGAAGAACCCACUCAACCGAAGGAGGAUGCGAAGCAAGCAGAGAAAAACAAAGAAGAGCCAAAAAAAGAAGAAGAGAACAAAAAAGAGGAGGAAAAGAAAGAACCUUCAAAAGAAAAGCCAGAGCCAGUUCCUGCCCCAGCAGCUCCAGUAGAUCCAGUCAGUCCAGAGGGAGCAGGAGGCGAAGACAAUGCCGCGUCACCUCCUACACCUCCAGUGGUCUACUCCCGUUACACGGAUGAAACUAUAAGAUGGUUGAUCAAGAUGAAGAGGGAGAAACAAGCAACGCUCAAAGAGAAAGUCGAUGAUCCAUAUGCCAGCUCUCCAGAAAUCAGCCCGCCUGUCACGCCUAUUCUGAAGAAGGACGAAUAUCACAGACUGAAGGAAGAAGAGCGGAUAGCGAAAGAAGAGGCGGAAAAGAAGAAGGCUGAGGAGGCAGCCAAAAAGGCUGAGGAGAAGAAAAAGAAGGAUGAGGAGAAAAGGCUGGAGGCGGAGAAAAAAGCAGAGGAGGAGAGAUUGGCGGAAGAGGUACGGAAGAAAAACAAGAUUCUCCCAGAUAUCAACUUUGCCUGGUUGGAUGUCCUUUUUCGACCGAUAGAAGAAAAGUUGGACACUGUCCUGGGAUCCACUAUAGAUCCCUUCACUGAUCGCCGUUACAUCGCUUGGAUGGCCGUCGUAGCGGUGGCGUACAACUACAAUCUUUGGUUCUGCUCAGCCCGCCUGGCUUUUCCCUACCAUAAUGACACGAUAAACCGAUACUGGAUCUUCUUGGACAUUCUGAGUGACGUGGUGAACGUCGUAGACAUCAUGGUUUGGCAGCCUCGGCUUCAGUUUGUCAAAGCUGGAGACAUUAUAAAAGACAGAGCCAUGACAAAAGAACAUUAUCGAAAAUCACCUCGUUUUAAGACUGAUCUAAUCUGCAUCCUCCCUUUUGACGUUCUCUGCCUACAUUUUCAAUUCUCCACCGUUUACAGACUCAACCGCUUCAUCAGGAUCGAGUCUUUCUUUGAAUUCAGUGAUCGACUUGAGAGCAUCAUGGCCAAAGCCUACAUUUGGAGAGUGGCUCGCACCACAGGCUACCUGCUCUACUGCCUCCAUCUUAACGCCUGUGCUUUCUAUGUUGCGUCUGUAAACCAGGGCCUUGGUACCACUACCUGGGUCUAUGACGGAAAUGGAACAGCGUACAUACGGUGUUACUACUUUGCCGUGCGCAGCCUGAUAAACAUCGGUGGGCUACCAGAGCCGACAACCACCUUUGAGAUCACGUUUCAGAUGACCAACUUUUUCAUUGGUGUCUUUGUGUUCUCCAGCCUGAUUGGCCAGAUGAGAGACGUCAUUGGUGCAGCAACGGCAGGCCAGACGUAUUUCCGGGCAUCAAUGGAUGGCUGUGUAGCUUACAUGAACACCUACACAAUUCCAAAGUAUGUCCAGAACAGAAUAAGAACCUGGUACAACUACACUUGGGAUUCUCAGGGGAUGCUUGAUGAGUCUGAGCUGUUGGAUAAGAUGCCUUUGGUGAUGAGAACUGCCAUUGCCGUGGAUAUCAAUUUAGCAACCUUCCAGAAGAUUGCUCUUUUUCAGGGCUGUGACCAACAGAUGUUAGUGGACAUGCUGCUGAGGCUCAAAUCUAUUAUUUAUCUUCCUGGAGAUUUUGUGGUGAAGAAAGGUGACAUCGGUAAAGAGAUGUACAUCAUUAAGAGUGGAGCAGUGCAAGUCGUGGGAGGACCUGACAACAGCAUUGUGUUUGUAACACUUAAGGCUGGCUCUGUAUUUGGUGAGAUCAGUUUGCUGCAGUCUGCAAAGGAUGGAGGUAACAGACGGACAGCAAAUGUCAAAGCAUAUGGCUUUGCUAAUCUUUUUGUUUUGGAAAAGAAGGAUUUGUUUGAUAUCCUGGUGCACUAUCCUGAAUCUCAGAAGGUGCUGGCCAGGAAGGGAAGGAAACUAAUCAAGGCCAAAGCUCCUGCAGGUACUAAAGAUGAGGAAAAGCCAAAAGGUCUGGCCAUGUUUGGUCCCAAACCACCAACACCAAAAAUAAUGAAAGCAUUUGCCAACUUGCGCAAACUUAAGGUAACUUCACUUAGUCAAUGCAGCUUUUGAUAAAUAUGAAAAAUAAACAGAUGAUGCAGGACCAGAAGAGUAGAUCUUACUGUAUAGGUAAAUGUGUGUUUUUUUCCCCUUUUCUUCACAGAAACAACAAGAGGGCGAGUAAGCCAGAUUUGAAAUAAGUUCCAUUGCAACUUGCUUCAUUUUAGACUCUGGUUUCAUCUACCAAUGACAAAUAAGUAUUCAACAUUUUGUGAAUCCACUUAUAAAACAAUGUGACUGUCUGUAAUUAAAUAUGUAUGAUUACUUUUUAAAGUGGAGUCGUUUGAGCUGAUACUUUACUGACACUUUGGAUUCAAUGUUCACAUUAAUGCAAAUAUAAUAAUGUGUACAUACAGUAUAGGUACCAAAGCAGAGGCACUAAAGGGUUUGUUUCAUGUCACCUUUUGCAAAUACACAUCUAAUUUGCAUAUUAGGAUCGCACAUAUUGCCAAAAAAUUUCCACAUGUCGAUAAAGAAAAACAUGACGGAAAGAAAAGGAUAAGAGAUAGUUAGCAGCUUCGUAUUGUCAUGAGCAAAAUCUGCAAGUUUUUUUUCUCUCAAAAGCAAUAUGCUAGAAUUGGACCAGUGGUGUUUGAAACAAGCUGCUGAAGAAUCGAGGAUCCUUUGGCCCGUUUCGGUGCUUUGCAUGGAUGGCUUUAUUUUUCAAAAAUGUUUUUUUUUUUUUUAAGAGUCUGCGUUCUAAUUGUGCAGCUUCCAGUAGAUGAUCUCUUUGUCCUCUCCGCCAGUGAUCACUGUAGCACUCAGCUCGUUCAUCCACAUGGCUGUGACUGGCCCUGAUCACAAAAGGACAAGACACACAAAAACGGACAAUAACACGAACACACCAUAAAUAGGUUAUUGUUGCUUUUCCCAUACGAUGCAGUUGAAUACUACUGGUCCUUCUAAAAAAAUUAGCAUAUUGUGAUGAAGUUCAUUAUUUUCUGUAAUGUACUGAUAAACAUUAGACUUGGCAAAAAAGUCAAGAAAACCCGAAAAUCUCUAUCUCAGAAAAUUAGCAUAUCAUGAACAGGUACUCUAAAGAAGCUACUAACCUAAUCAUCUGAAUCAACGAAUUAACUCAAAGAUUCCUGAGGCUUUUAAAAACUCCCAGCCUGGUUCAUUACUAUAAACCGCGAUCGUGGGCAAGACUGCCGACCUGACUGCUGUCCAGAAGGCCAUCAUUGACCGCCUCAAGCAAGAGACUAAGACACAGAAAGAAAUUUCUGAGCGAAUAGGCUGUUCCCAGAGUGCUGUAUCAAGGCACCUCAGUGGGAAGUCUGUGGGAAGGAAAAAGUGUGGCAGGAAAUGCUGCAAAACCAGAAGAGGUGACCGCACCCUGAGAAAGAUUGUUGAGAAGGGCCGAUUCCAAAACUGCAGAAACAGUGGACUGAGUCUGGAGUAAAAACAUCCAGAGCCACCGUGCACAGACGUGUGCUAGAAAUGGGCUACAGGUGCCGCAUUCCCCAGGUCAAGCCACUUUUGAACCUGAAACAGCGGCAGAAGUGCCUGACCUGGGCUACAGAGGAGCAGCACUGGACUGUUGCUCAGUGGUCCAAAGUACUUUUUCCAGAUGAAAGCAAUUUUUGCAUGUCAUUGGGAAAUCAAGGUGCAGAGUUUGGAGGAAGACUGCGGAGAAGGAAAUGCCAAAAUGCCUGAUGUCCAGUGUCAAGUACCCACAGUCAGUGAUGGUCUGGGGUGCCAUGUCAGGCUGCUGGUGUUGGUCUACUGUGUUUUAUAAAGGGCAGGGUCAAUGCAGCUAGCUAUCAGGCGAUUUUGGAGCACUUCAUGCUUCCAUCUGCUGAAAAGCUUUAUGGAGAUGAAGAUUUCAUUAUUCAGCACGACCUGGCACCUGCUCACAGUGCCAAAACCACUGGUAAAUGGUUUACUGACCAUGGCAUUUGCUCAUGUGCUCAAUUGGCCUGCCAACUCUCCUGACCUGAACCCUAUAGAGAAUCUGUGGGGUAUUGUGAAGAGGAAGUUGAGAGACACCAGACCCAUCACUGUGGAUGAGCAUAAGGCCGCUAUCGAAGCAUCCUGGGCCUCCAUAACACCUCAGCAGCGCCACAGGCUGAUUGCCUCCAUGCCACGCCACAUUGAAGCAAUCAUUUCUGCAAAAGGAUUCCCGACCAAGUAUUGAGUGCAUAGCUGAUAUAAUUAAUUGAAGGUUGACUUUUUUUUGUAUUUAAAAACCCCUUUUUUGUAUUGGUCGGAUGAAAUAUGCUAAUUUUUGUUAGAUAGGAAUUUUUGUUUUUUUCUUGACUUUUUUUUCCGCCAAAAUCAUCAAUAUUAAAACAAUAAAAGGCUUGAACUACUUCAGUUGUGUGGAAUGAAUCUAAAUUAUAUGAAAGUCUAAUGUUUAUCAGUACAUUACAGAAAAUAAUGAACUUUAUCACAAGAUGCAAAUUUUUUUAGAAGGACUAGUAUUGCUUUUAAAGUGCCUGUGACAGCAUAAAAAAAAUCUUCAAUAGCCUUAUUAUGUGAAUUAGAAUUAGGGGUGAAAGUGAGCCGGAAAGCACUGGAUCGGCGUUCCGACAUGAAAUACGGAAGCGGAACGCCGUUCCGACAUACGGUGCUUUGAUCACGGAAAUAAAGGCCGAGUUAUACUUCCGCGUCAGACCUGCGCCGCCAAGGAAGACCCGAGUUACGACCUUGCGCCGUGGCCUGAUGCGCUCCUCUCGAAUUUGUUGAAUUAAAGGGGCAAUGCAACAGAAAACUGAUCAGCUCUUUAAGAGAAAGGAAAGAGUUGAAUGAGGUUUAUUUUAUUUGACUUUAUUUGAGUGGUUCAGAAAAUCUUCCAUGUUAAUGUGCACUUUGAACUUAUUUUUGUUCAUUUAUGUAAGGUUACUU